AAGGUCCAAAUGCAAUUUCUUGUUAGUUCCUCGAAAGUCGUAAAUCGGCUUCCCCUUGCUUUCACAUUUGAUUUAAUAAUUUAAAAUAAAUGGAGUUUAGACAUUGCUUCCUUCUCCUCCUCACCUCCCAUUCUAAAUGACAGCAGUAACCUCAGCAUUUCUCGCAUGUAUGAUAUCUGGCGUAUCUAGCGGCAACUGUUGUCCCCCUCAGGAAUAUUAGAAGAGUUCCAAAAUUAGUAUCUGUCCCGCAGGCAACGGGGUGAAAUGUGAAAUGCCAGAUGUCAAGAAGAAGAAGACAGAACCGCCGCUUUGGAUGAGUGAGGACCGAGUUGCUGAGUUGUGCAAGACAUCUCAUCUCAUCUCAUCUCCUGGUACAUAACUCCCAAUUUGGCUCCUUAUAUGUUUGGUGCCCAUAAUCCAUUAGACUCACCCUUCUGCUCAGCAAUUGGACGCUUUUGGCUCAUAAGGUUCCCUCAGAUCUGAAACCAUACUUCUUGACAUGUUUUAAGUGUUAAAGAUCUAACUUUUGUAGGAUAAAUGGGUGAUGACAUUGAAGAAGAUAGUUCAUAUUUGAAACCAGUUGGAAGAUGGGCUGUUUUCUAUUAUGGUGUGGGUCACAUGCUAAAUGACAUCACUUCUGCUUGUUGGUUUACUUAUCUCUUAUUAUUCUUAACUGAUAUUGGACUCUCCCCGAGAGAUGCUGCUAUAGUAAUGCUUUCAGGUCAGAUAGCUGAUGGAUUUGCCACCAUAUUUACGGGUGAACUGAUAGACAGGUUUGGACAUUUCAAAAUAUGGCAUGGUGCAGGAUCAGUCCUGGUUGCCAUUUCAUUUUCAUCUGUUUUUGGUGGCUGUUGGCCUUGUAAAAUCUUCAGCACCAAUUCAUGGACUAUAGAAACAAUUUCUUAUAGUGUCUUUGCUGCAAUCUUCAAUGUGGGUUGGGCUGCUACUCAAGUUUCACACAUGUCCAUGGUGAAUUGCAUCUCCCUGAAUUCAACAAGCAGGGUGGUGAUGGCUAGCUGUCGAAAUGCUUUUACUAUGGUUGCCAAUCUCAGUCUUUAUGCAGUUGCUUUGACAGUAUUCAACGUCAGUGAAGCAAAAACACAUGAUGAUAUUGAAAAUCAGUACCGUUGGAUUGCAUACGUGUCAAUUUUUAUUGGAUGCUGCUUUGUGGGAAUAUUUCAUCUUGGAACCAAGGAGCCAAGAUUAAGGAUAAGUCUGCAUGGAAAUCGUUAUGCAAGGAUAUCAUGGACUUACUGGUUCAAGAAAAUUUUAUACUACCAAGUUGGACUUGUAUAUGUGCUUACAAGGCUUGUACAAAAUGUUUCCCAGGCAUAUCUUGCAUUCUAUGUGAUUAACGAUUUGCGAAUGACCCAAUCAGCUAAAGCUUUGGUACCUGCAAUCAUUUACAUCAGCAGCUUUGUUAUAUCUGUCAUCAUGCAGGAAAUAUCUUGGACUGGACAACGCCUGAAAGCAUACUACUCUGCUGGCGGCAUUCUUUGGAUGUUUUGUGGUGCAAGCAUCCUUCUUUUACCCAGAAGCCUGAGUGCUUUCAUGUUUGUCAUAUCCAUAUUUAUUGGGAUAGCAAAUGCUCUAAUGAUGGUAACUGGAAUAAGCAUGGAAAGUGUUCUAGUCGGUUCAGAUCUCAAUGGCUGUGCGUUUGUUUAUGGAUCCCUUAGCUUUUUAGACAAGAUUUCAUGUGGACUUGCUCUGUAUGCUCUUCAAUCAUUUCAAAGCAUCUCGCCGAAAGUCCAGAAUACUCUUUUAGCAGAUUAUAUUUCAGUUACAAGAUAUGGUUUGGGUCUGGUUCCAGCUUUUUGUUCACUUCUUGGUGUAGCUGUUACAUACACUAUGAAACUGCAUGCUCCUCAGUACAAACCCCUGAUGGAGCCACUUUUGGAGUAAUGAUGUAUGAAAAGUUGCCAAUUUAUUGUGAAGAUUGCAAUAUACCCCAGCAGUUGUGCUCAGUUAGGGAUGAAGAAUUUCAGAUCAGUACAACCCAAUCGGCUGGGAUUUAGUUUAUUUUACUUUAUUCUUUCAAGGAGGUCAUGUCCAGUAUUUGUUCUUUGCUCAUAGGAUAGUUAUUUGAACAUUCUUUCUACACAAGGCUAGGCUUCAUUCAAAUGUUGUACACCAGACGUGCAGUUUAAGAAAAACUAACACUAAUACAUUCUUACAGGAUGUUUACAAGCAAACUAUACUAAUUUGUUAACGAGCUCAGCAGUUGACAGCUUUUUCCUACUGUUCGGUUAUGGCACACUGUUUUUCUCUGGGAAUAUGGUCCGCAGGCCUGGAAGGUAAACGUCCUUUCAUCUCCUGAACUUAGACGUCACUGAUCAAUUUCUUGAUGUUGCUGCUGUGAAACCUGCCUUUAUAAAAUACAUAGAAGUCGUGUAUUUUGUUUGUAUUUAUGUACUCAACUCAGGAUAUACAAUGAGCUGUUUCAUCCGAAUGUGAAAUAGAAACUGUCCAUUAAGCUGAAA